ACAGCCGCUCCGCGCCGCCCCCGCGCGGUACGCCCGACCCCGGACGACCCCGGGCUUCGGGCGCCCCUGACAUCCCGGGGGGCUGCCCCGGGCGCCGGGCGGCCAGGGGGCGCAAGGUAUGCGGCCUCGCGGCGCAGGCGUCCCCCCCGCGGGCCGGGCGGGUGGAAGGCGCGAGCAGUGGCGGCUCCGAGUGGCCAGGGCGGUGGGCUGUGCCCGAGUCUCCUCCCUUUGGCCCGUCGCAGGCCUGCAGCCCCGGUGUCGCCGCCAACAUGGCCCCUCCGCAGCUCUUCCGCGCGCUGGUGUCGGCGCAAUGGGUGGCCGAGGCGCUGCGGGCCCCCCGGGCCGGGCAGCCCUUGCAGCUGCUCGACGCCUCCUGGUACCUGCCCAAGCUGGGCCGCGAUGCGCGCCGCGAGUUCGAGGAGCGCCACAUCCCCGGCGCCGCCUUCUUUGACAUCGACCAGUGCAGCGACCGCACGUCGCCCUACGACCACAUGCUGCCCAGCGCCGCGCACUUCGCCGAGUACGCGGGCAGCCUGGGCGUGGGCGCCGCCACUCACGUCGUGGUCUACGACGCCAGCGACCAGGGCCUCUACUCGGCGCCCCGCGUCUGGUGGAUGUUCCGCGCCUUCGGCCACCGCACCGUGUCACUGCUGGACGGCGGCCUCCGAAACUGGCUGCGCCAGAGCCUCCCGCUCAGCUCGGGCAAGAGCCGCCCGGCGCCCGCCGAGUUCCGCGCCCAGCUGGACCCCGCCUUCAUCAAGACCUACGAGGACAUCAAGGAGAACCUGGAGUCCCGGCGCUUCCAGGUGGUGGACGCCCGCGCCGCCGGCCGCUUCCGGGGCACGGAGCCUGAGCCCCGAGACGGCAUCGAGCCCGGCCACAUCCCUGGCACCGUGAACAUCCCCUUCACAGAGUUCUUGACCCAAGAGGGCACGGAGAAGAGCCCCGAGGAGAUCAGCCGCCUGUUCCAGGAGAAAAAGGUGGACCUGUCCCAACCCCUGGUGGCCACGUGUGGCUCUGGCGUCACGGCCUGCCAUGUGGCCCUGGGCGCCUACCUGUGUGGCAAGCCCGACGUGCCCAUCUACGACGGCUCCUGGGUGGAGUGGUACAUGCGGGCCCAGCCAGAGGAAGUCAUCUCCGAGGGCCGGGGGAAGACCCACUGAGGCCGGGCAGGACGGACACAGGCCAGCUCAGGUGACACCUGACCACCAGCAGCGCCCAGCCUGCUUUGCCCGAAAGUGUUUCCUCAUGGAACUCCGGUGGUGUUCAGGGUGCCACCGGAGACCAGGAAUGCCAGGGAUCCGUGGGCACCCAGUGGAGGUGGGUGUGAAGGCGGCGGGCACUGGGGGAGGGGCCGGAAGGCGGAGCUGGCCGCCUGGUGCCAAGCGGGCCCCGCCUCCCUUCUGGUUUACUAUUGAGGAAAUAAAACAGCCACGCCUUGUC